AUGGCCAAUCCUGUUUUAGAGGAGUUUAGCUACUUUAAUAAUUGUACAAGUUUGGUGUGCAGUGAUGAACUGGUGUUGGAUUAUCUGGAUAUAGAUCUAGAUAAUAUCAAGUACUGGGCAGAGGGGGUUCUACUUACAAUCAUCUCAGUAUUUGGGAUUACAACUAAUGCUAUUAGAUAUGAUAUCCUGUAUCUAGUAACUUCAAUAUUUCUCUUCGGACUACCAGAGCUCUCUGAAGAAUACAGGAACUCUGUAUACGCCAUAACUUUACCCUACAUCUUUGGACUUGGACACAUUGGAAGAGUUGGAUCAGUUUUUCUAACACUCAGCAUCACUAUUGAAAGAUUUGUUGCCGUGACCCGACCCUUGUAUACUGAAAAAGAGCGGCUAAAGAAUAUCCUGAUGGUUGGAUCUGCUACAUUUUCUAUUCUCUACAAUAUCCCAAGUGUUAGUUUAGGUGAGAUGAAUGACAGCAUGAAGACUAUUUAUAUCCCAGCAGUUUCUUCACUCAGAACGAACACAACCUACCUCACUAUUCAUUUCUGGUCAAAGUUAGUCCUUGUUGAGCUAGGACCGUAUGUUCUUCUCACAACACUCAACAUUAUCAUUAUUAUCAGAGCUAGACAAUCCUCCCAAAUCCAACCCAGGUCUGCGCAAGCAUCCAAAAAGGAACUGCAGAUGGUUCAGAUUCUGCUCCUAAUCGUGAUCAUGUUUGUCAUCUGUCAGAGCUUCAAGAUCAUCCCAGACCUCUAUGAAGUGUUCCAGUGUUCCUUCGGAGAACGAAGAAUCCCUGCUUGUUGGGAGAAUCCGCCUAAGGUUGUGAACACUCUGUCAAUCAUAUCACACUUGGCGCUGUCAAUUAAUUCCUCAGUCAAUUUCUUUGUGUACGUCGCCUGGGGAUCAAAAUUCAGGAAAGCAUUGAUGCGGUUAAUUCAAUCAAAGUUUCGUGGCUCCAGGAACGAAGACAGACAAAAUCUUGAGUUAAGAAUGUUCAACAACACAACACAGGGGAAACCUUCACCAAAAGGUGAUAUCUUCUAUCUAUAAACUAUAAAUAUACUUUGCUUGGGUGUCUGUUUGUUUGUUUGUAACCAAUAAUCGUUAAAACGAAUAAGCCUAAUUUUUUGUGGGACCUCACGCGACCCCAGGUAAGAUUUAUGGAUACUCGUGAUCCCAGGUAAGACUUAUAUACUAAGUAUCAGUUGUGAAAAGUUAAGAAAUGACCAAACAAACACAGUGUAGACUUACACAGUACGAUCAGACACAGUACAAACAUACACAGCACACCCAGGCACAGCACAAACAUACACA